UUAACCGUGAUCGGAAGUUUCAGACAAUACACGGAGAGUCUGAAGCAAAAUUAUGCCUAAUGUUUCUCAGAUCUCUACUGUUCUACGUCUAAGGUUUUAUUCAAGAAGACGAAUCUCUAAUGGCUUACACUUCGUUGCUCGUUCCUAUACCACCACCACCUCUGAUCCUCCCAAACCAUCAGGUCCACUAACGAGUUACACUAAGCUAGUGGAGCAAGGGAGGCUACAACAUGAUCUGUACCAAGAAAAAGUUGUUUCAGCAUUUGAAAAUUUGUUUGGAAGAUUGGAACAUUUCGAGAAGGAAAUGGAAGAUUAUCAUGUGAGGUUAGCAGAGUGGGAGAAGAGAAGAGAGGAAGAGCGGCGAAAGCUAAUGGUGGAAGAAGCUGGGAAGAAGGAAGAAGAUGGUAUGUGGGCAUCUAUGAAUAAGCAUGGUCAAAAGCUUUUGGGAAGAUGGGUGUUAGGGAGAAGACAGAUGAAUGUAGAACCUGGAGUUGGUAAAUGGGUGUCGUAUCUUAACCGAGAGAGAAAAUUGGAUUCAAUUGUCGGUUCUCGUCCCGCAGUACCACCAGCUCCGAAAGGAUUAUAUAUCUAUGGAAAUGUAGGAUGUGGCAAGACUAUGUUGAUGGAUAUGUUUUAUGGAGCUACUGAUGGGAUGAUUAGACAUCGACAACGGUUUCACUUUCAUGAAGCUAUGUUGAAGAUAAAUGAGCAAAUGCACAAGUAUUGGAAGGAGAAUGGUGCUGAAAAGGCAUCGCAAAAUAGCAUUUCAAGCUGGAUUAUGAAUCUUCCUGUUGAUGAAAAAGUUAAGGAAUGGCUAGCUGGAGAAGAGUUUUAUAAGCAGCAACUCCAAAUGAAACAUAUUCUUCCAGCUGUGGCUGAUAAGUUUCUCGUUGAUCAGCAAUCGAGUAAAAAAGGAGCCAGCAUCCUCUGCUUUGAUGAAAUCCAGACAGUUGAUGUAUUUGCUAUUGUGGCCUUAUCUGGAAUUAUGAGCAGAUUGUUGAGUACUGGAACUGUUCUUGUGGCCACCAGUAACCGAGCACCAAGGGAGCUGAAUCAGGACGGAAUGCAGAAGGAGAUAUUUGAUAAGUUUAUUUCUAAAUUGGAGAAACAUUGUGAGAUAAUCUCAAUAGGAAGUGAAGUAGAUUACCGCCGAGUUGCAGCGAAAAACUCAGUUGAAAAUGUUCACUACUUAUGGCCUUUGAAUGAUGCUGUUCUGGAAGAGUUUGAGAAAAUGUGGAGACAGGUCACUGAACAGCACGGCGGAGAAAUAACUUCUGCAACUCUCCCAGUGAUGUUUGGAAGAACAGUAGAGGUUCCUCAAAGCUGUAAUGGAGUGGGAAGAUUCACAUUCGAGUAUCUAUGUGGUCGACCUGUAGGUGCAGCAGAUUAUAUCGCAGUGGCUAAAAACUAUCAUACAAUCUUUAUCUCUAAUAUUCCAGCAAUGAGCAUGGAAAUACGCGACAAGGCACGUAGGUUUAUAACCCUUGUCGAUGAGCUAUACAACCACCAUUGUUGUCUUGUCUCAUGCGCGGAGACACCUAUCGAUGAGUUGUUUCAAGGAACUGCAGAAGGCACGCUCUUUGACCUGGAAAGCUUCCAGUUUGAGACAGAGACAGAAGAUUCAAGAUUAAGGCGAGAUGUACUUGCAGAAGGUAGUAUAAGUGCAGCUGGAUCGCCUUCUUCAAUCGUAUCAAUGCUUUCCGGCGAAGAGGAAAUGUUUGCGUUUGCUCGAGCCGCGUCGCGGUUGAUAGAGAUGCAGACUCCAUUGUACCUUGAAGGAGUUCGUUUCCUGCAUCCUUAUUUCCAUCAGCAGAAGUAAAAAAUUCAGUUAUAACCAAAUGAAUAAUUGAGACAUACAUUGAUUUUUUCAACUGUGAUUAUUGUUUGGCAGAACUGAGACCAACCAAAGGUUUUAUAAUCUUUUGCCUUUAUACUAAACUAUAAAGCGAUUCAUGAAUAAAAAUGUUCUUUUAACU